GUGCGCAUGCGCAACAUGGGCCAGAAUGCUGAGCGAAACUCUGGAUGGAAGAGACGAGCGGUGGCUGUUGCUAGCUAUUUAUUGAACGCAGUUAUUUCUGUUGAUAACAUAAAUCAGUCUGUUUAACGCCAAGUUUGUUGUUUUAAAUUCCAGCGUACAAAGCCAUGACAGAGCCGCAGUCAGCGUUGUUACUCAGGAGACAGCUGGCAGAACUGAAUAAAAAUCCAGUAGAAGGUUUCUCAGCAGGAUUGAUAGAUGAUAAUGACCUUUACAGAUGGGAGGUGCUAAUAAUCGGUCCCCCAGACACACUGUAUGAAGGUGGUGUGUUUAAAGCGCAUCUCACGUUUCCCAGAGACUACCCACUCAGGCCGCCCAAAAUGAAGUUUAUCACCGAUAUAUGGCACCCUAAUGUUGAUAAGAGCGGUGAUGUAUGCAUUUCAAUUCUGCACGAGCCGGGAGAGGAUAAAUACGGCUACGAGAAGCCCGAGGAACGCUGGCUCCCCAUCCACACAGUGGAGACCAUUAUGAUUAGCGUCAUUUCUAUGCUGGCAGAUCCCAACGGAGACUCUCCUGCCAACGUGGAUGCGGCGAAAGAGUGGAGGGAAGACCGGCAUGGGGAGUUCAAAAGGAAAGUCGCCCGUUGCGUAAGAAAAAGCCAAGAGACUGCCUUUGAGUGACACCUAUCCAGCAGCGUGUAGCUACACCUUUUUUUCAGGGUCUCCAAUUGAGAAACAUGGCACUGUUUUCCUGCACUCUACUCUCCUAUUGCCGGACUUGUCCUUUUUGAUUGUUGGCAGACACGGGCUGGCAGAAUAGGCUGCAAUAGAACACCACAGCCCUGACUGACGUUGAUGGAAAAAUGCCUAGCAAGUGCCAACCUAAAGAUGAUUACGCAAUUUUCGGAAUCCACGAACUGCUUCAACUUUCAGGAAGAAUUGUAAAGACCUGUACAUAGCACAAACAUAAACCUGAUAAUAUAUAAACUGUUCAUAUCCAUCCAGCAACACACAUAGUACCAAAUAAAUAGCGCUUCUGUAGUUAGAAUAUGAAUCCUGUAAAUUCUUGAAGAUUUUCUCCCCAACCCUCCCACCCCAAACACAUCCUCCUUUUUUUCUUGUGAGCAUUUGCUGAACAGGUUGCUUUGACAGAAAGAGUCGUUAAAAGGUGAAAACAGGUUUUGUGAUGAUUUCAGCGGUUGAAAUGAACUUUUGAUUCUAAAUUAACCGUAGCUGUCUGAAUGGCUGUUUCUGGGCUUGCGUACGUUUUCAUGAGUAAAAAGGGUGUAUUCCCCGGCGGCAGUAAAACUCUUAUAGCAUGCUUGUCAUGUUGGGUCCCAUCUUAUUUUCAGUCCUUCAGGUAAAUACUAUAAAUCUCAAGUUGAACAUUUUAAUUCAUAUUUCUCCUUUGGUUUUUAACACAAGAUGCUCACACUGAAAGGAAAGCGCGUUCCUGUGCUGCAUGGUGGGAUACACCUGGUGUUUUGUUUGGUUUCAAGUUCACCUGCACAAAUGGUGAUUUCCCCCAGAGGAGCUGCAUGCGCAAGGAUUCCCCGAUUUAUAGUCUUCAUUUGUUUUUCAAAAGUGCCUCCUAUUAAAUUGCUUGGUAAUUACACCCUGCAUCAAACAAUAAAUGUAUGGGUGAGAAGACAGUGAAAUUGCUACAUACCCUUAAGCGUGUGUGUGUAUUCUUUUUUCAGACCCUUUGUACCUUGAUAAUUAUAAUAUUAAUAACAUGGUGUAGCAAUAACCUUUUUGUGUACGGUGCACUCUUUGCACUUGCUCAUUUUGAACAUUCAAUUGAAAUUUUGGACAUUUGGAGCCCAUCUAUCCUAAUAUACACAUUUUGAAGCAAAUGAUUUUGGUGCGCUUGUUUUUGUGGUUCCCUGGGAAGGGUUUAUUAAGCAUGCUUUAACUGUAGAUUUUCAUGUGGACAGUUUCUGGGUUUGGUUUCAAAAAAAUGCUGGUGUGAGUGUGUAUGUGAAUUUUUUUUUUGUUUUUAUUUCCCCCUCCUGUAUUUCCUUUAUUUUUAUUUUGGCUCUGGUGGACUACUGCAGUUUUCUUGCCUAAUGUACAAAGACAAAAUACUGAUGUAUAUUUUUCAUGUAAUGGAAAUUGUCACCUUCUGUAGUGAGUUCUUCCAAAAUAUAAAUUUUUUUCAAUAAUUG